UGUCGACACUACACCGGCAGAGAUCCUUCCGUUCCCUCUGAACAUCUCAUGAAAUAGUUUCGUAGCCACAGUGAACUUUAAUUUAGGCAAUGAGAAACACUUUCGGCAGAGGAGCAGUGCGCGGGGUCAGCGUCUGAAACACCUGGGCUCAGUCUAAUUACAGGAAGCGCGGUGGUCUCUGUGCAGUCAUGGUGGGAUUUUUGGCGCUGUGGAUGGGAACUCUGCUCCAAGUUUGUCUUGCAACAUUUUACACCAACGACUGGGCCAUAAAAAUAAGAGGGAACCGGGAGUCUGUCGACAGGAUAGCAGAGAAAUAUGGAUUUACGAAUAUGGGUCAGAUUGGAGACCUGAGGAGUCAUUACAGUUUUCGCCACCACAAGACGGUGAAGAGGUCCACUGUGUCCAAUGAAGAGGUGUCUGUUAGUGUUGCCAAGGAGACCAAGGUGGAAUGGCUACAACAGCAGGUGGUCCAAAGAAGAGUAAAGAGGUACUCCAGAGCCAGUCACAUCUACUCCAAACACCCUCCCACUGCUCAUCCUCAGUCCAACUGCACCCUGCACUAUGAAGACUCAAUAUGGAACAGCCUGUGGUACAUGCACUGCAGCGAUGAGUCCAAAGGCUGCCGGUCUCUCAUGAACAUUGCGGGGGCCUGGAGGAGAGGGUAUACUGGGAAGGGUGUGGUGGUGUCUGUCCUAGAUGAUGGCAUUGAGAGAGAGCAUCCGGAUCUGAAGCCAAAUUAUGAUCCUCUCGCCAGUUAUGAUGUGAACGGACAAGACGAAGAUCCCUCUCCGGAUUAUUCCAACAAUGCUUCCAACUACCAUGGGACACAGUGUGCAGGGAUGGUUGCCGCAGCUGCAAAUAACUCUCAAUGCACGGUUGGAGUCUCUUUCCACGCACGGAUAGGCGGCAUCCGCAUGCUGGAUGGAGAUGUGACUGACAUUGUGGAGGCCCAAUCACUGAGUUUUAGAUCACAGUAUAUUGAUAUCUACUUGGCUAGCUGGGGGCCAGAAGAUGACGGGGCCACUUUGGAGGGACCGGGGCCUCUGACUCGUCUUGCUUUGCAGAAAGGCAUCAAAACAGGCCGACACGGGAGAGGCUCUGUUUUUGUCUGGGCAUCAGGGAACGGAGGGCGAAGAGGUGACCACUGCUCCUGUGACGGCUACAGCAGCAGUAUCUACACUGUCUCUAUCAGCAGCAGCGCUCGCCAUGGAAGCCGUCCAGAUUACCUGGAGCAGUGCUCCUCCACACUGGCGACAGCUUACACUGGUGGGGAGACAGAGAAGAUGGGAGUGGUAACGUUAGGUCCUCGGCAGAGCUGCAGCCAAGCUAAUCCAGAGACCUCGCUCUCCUCCUCCAUGGCUGCAGGCAUCAUCGCUCUUGCUUUAAAUGCGAACCCUUUACUAACCUGGAGGGAUGUGCAGCACAUUAUUGUCCAAACAUCAAAAUCUCAUCAUCUUCUUGCCCCUGACUGGCACAUUAAUGGAGCUGGAUACAAAGUGAGCCACCUGUAUGGCUUUGGCCUGCUGGAUGCUGAGAGCAUGGUGAAGGAGGCCGAGCGUUGGAAACAAGUCCCCUCACAGCAUGAGUGUGUGGAGGAGGCUCCCAUCCAGCUGAGCAGAACUAUUCAUCCCGGGUCGCCACUGAUGUCUGCAUAUGAGAGCACAGGCUGCUCCAGCAAGCCCCUGCAGCAUGUUGUUUAUGUGGAGCAUGUCGUCGUCCGUGUAACCAUCACUCACGGUCGCCGCGGCGACCUUUCCAUUACGCUCACGUCACCUUCAGGCACUGUGUCGCAGCUGCUGGCUAACAGGCCCCUCGACGACUCUGCCGAGGGAUUUCAGAACUGGGAAUUCAUGACAACUCACAGCUGGGGGGAACCGGCAGCUGGGAGAUGGACUUUGAAAAUCCACGAUACUUCCUCUGUGAAGAGAGACAACACUGAACUAGGGAUGCUGAACGAGUGGUCCCUGGUGAUUUAUGGCACCGCAGAGCAUCCGUAUCCUAGGCAUCGUGAGCGAGUCCGAUCGGCUGAGAUGGCGAUGGAUAGUGAUCUCACUGAAGAAUACAGUGGACCCUGCGACCCAGAAUGCAGUGACGAUGGUUGUGAGGGGCCCAGCCCGCAGCAGUGUGUCACGUGUUUACACUUUUUUCUCAAGUUCAAGAACAACACAAGGAUGUGUGUAUCAGAGUGUCCCAGGGGAUUUUGGGGCGACCGCCGGCGUUGUAAAAGGUGCUUCUCCUCCUGCGAGAGCUGCAGCGGGAGUCGCAGUGACCAGUGCACUUCCUGUAUACAUGGUCAUCACCUGACUGAAGGGACCAGUACCUGCACGGCCUCCUGUGGGGAUAACUACUACCUCGACCAUGAUGCAAAUAUGUGCAGAAAGUGCAGCGAAAACUGCUUGAAGUGCACCUCCUACAGCAUCUGCACAGAAUGCAAACCAGACACAAGUCUGCAGGGGAAUCGGUGCCAGCGGAGCUGCGCGGCAGGAUCGUACCUCGACAAACAGGAAGGCACAUGCAAGCUCUGUCACAAGGCCUGCGCUACCUGUGCAGGUGCAGGUGCUGCGGCAUGCACCCGUUGUGCAGAGGGCCACUUGAUGGAAGAGUGGAGGUGUGUGUCCUCCUGCAGUGCUGGCUUCUAUGCCACCGAGCCAAAUCCAGAGAUAGCUGAUGGGCACAGGAUAUGUAGGAGGUGUGACGCCAGCUGUCUCACCUGUGUGGGGCCGAGCCGGGGGAACUGUAGCAGCUGUUCCAGCGGUCACAGCCUGCAGCAGGGAGCGUGCGUUGUUAACACUGUGUGCACAGACGGAGAGUACCCGGACGGUAAUGGAAAGUGCCACGCGUGUGAUGCAACGUGUCUGAAGUGCACAGGGCCGCAAAGAGAAGACUGCAUCAGCUGUGUUUCUUCACGGGCUCUGGAUGAGGGCCGCUGUGUGGCAGAGUGUGCCAAGGGCAAGUACCAGUCAGGUGGCCAGUGCCACCUGUGUGACCACACCUGUGCUACCUGUGUGGAUGCAGGGUCUGCCAGCUGUACCAGCUGUGACACUGAUAAGUUUGGACUGGAGCGUUACCUGCAUAAAGGCCAGUGUCUGGACGCCUGUCCCGAGGCCUUCUACCACACCAAGGAGAAGAGCUGUGAGCCAUGCUCGGACCACUGCAGGCUCUGCACGAGCCCCACCCACUGCCUCAAGUGCAACUCUUCCUUCUACGUCUCUGAUGGCGUGUGUGCGAAGCUGGAGUGUGGAGAAGGGGAGGUGGAGGAUCCAGAUUACGACGAGUGCAUGGCCUGUGAGGAGGGCUGCAGGAAGUGUGUCUUGUAUAACCCCAGGCAUUGCCUUUCCUGCACUGAGGGCUUUUACAAUUUUCAGGAUGGCUGCUACAGAAACUGCCCAGCUAAGACGUACAGCGUUGAAGACCAGAUGACCUGCGUUCCAUGUGAUGACAACUGUGUGAGCUGUGACGAACAUGAGUGCUACUGGUGUGAGACCGACCUCUUCUUAUCAGAGGGGAGUUGUGUUUCAGUGUGUCCUGAUGGUUUCUAUGGUGACGAAGACACCAAUGACUGUGAGGAGUGUCACUUGGACUGUGUGACAUGUGAUGGCCCAGAGGACGAUGACUGUCUGACGUGUGAGGAAGGGAAGAUGCUCAAAUUCGGAGUGUGUGUGUCUGACCAUGAGGUCUGUCCCAUUAAGACCUUUCGCAGCGAUGAUGGAGAGUGUGAGGACUGCCACCCAUCCUGUGAGUCCUGCUCUGGAGAAGAGAAGAACCAGUGUACAAAAUGUACAAAAGGGCGGUUUCUGACCGCACAGCAAACAUGUGUGUCAAAGUGUCCGGGGGGUUUCUUUGCCAGCCGGCUGAGCGGCGCGUGUGAUGCCUGCACUCCAGGCUGUUUGCAGUGUGCGGACGCUCAGCACUGCACCCGCUGUCAGAGCACACGCAGAGCUCAGUUAUUCCUGCAGGACGGCCAGUGUGUCCAACAGUGUGUGAGGGGUUAUCCAGCGGGCCAGGUGUGUCGUAGCUGUGUGGCAGGCUGCGCGUCCUGUGGGAAGAACGCCACCCACUGCCUUAGCUGUGAAGAGCCUCUCCUCCUGCACAAGCACCAGUGUGUGGAGGAGUGUCCUCCAGCUCACACUGUCCGCGACAGGGAGUGCCAACACUGCCCCUCGGCCUGCCAGGAGUGCAACCCACUCGGACAGUGCACAGACUGUGAGGAGUAUCACUUUCUCCACGAGGGCCUGUGUGUUCUCGACUGUCCCGAGAGGUUCUUCGAGGACAAAGACCAAAGGGAGUGUUUGAGUUGCCACCCUGACUGUGCUUUAUGUGACGGCCCGAACAACAAUGACUGCGAUGCCUGUAUGGACACCGAGGCCACACUGCACAAUGGGGCGUGUCUGGAAGCGUGUCCCUCCCACACCUACAGAGAUGCCAUAAUAGCAGAAUGUAAAGACUGUGAUGCAUCUUGCCUCACCUGCUUCGGCCCCCACUCCUCCUCCUGCCUCAGCUGCAGAGAAGGUCAGAGGCUAGACGCCCAUGGCCAUUGUGUGCCAUCAGCCAGCAGUUGCUCGCCUCGCCAGUACGCAGACCAGGACGGGGAAUGCCAUCCGUGUCACAAAUACUGCCACCAGUGCUCAGGUCCUGGCAAAACUCACUGCCUGAGCUGCAACCAGAGACAUCUCCUGCUCAAUGGCACCUGUGUGGCUGAGUGCCCAGCAGGCUACUAUGAGGAUGAGCCGGGGCAGAAAUGUGAACCUUGCCACCCAUCCUGUCAGUCCUGCGUUGGAAAGCACAGCCAUGAGUGUCUCGCCUGUAAAACCCACCUAUUUCGAGAGGGCAAAGAGUGUGUGGAGACCUGCCUGCACAGUCACUAUGGAAACGCAGGCUCAAGGAUGUGUGAAAAGUGUGACCCCAGUUGCGGUGAGUGUAUUGGGGGCGGGGAGGACAGCUGCCUGAGCUGUGCUCUGGGUCUCAUCUACUUGAGGAAAGAAGGCCGCUGCCUCCCCUCGUGCCCUCAGGGAUACUACCAUGACACUGUGCACAGGACCUGCGAGCACUGCCACGCCAGCUGCAGGACAUGCUCAGGAAAAGACUCUCAGUCGUGUGACUCAUGCUACGCUGGAUACCUGCUCUCUGAUGGCAUGUGCGAAUCCAUGUGCGACAUCGGCAUGUAUCCUGUGAUAAAGGGUUCAGGCCACACUUGUGAAGACUGUGACGACUCCUGUAUGGAGUGUCGAGGGCCCGGUCCAGCCAACUGCACCAUGUGUCCCACUCAGGCUAUCUUAGAAGCUGGAGGGCGCUGUCUGCUUUGUUGCCGCCAUGAGGACGAGGAGGAGGAGGCCACAGCGCAGCAGCAGGACUGCUGUAACUGCACCGAGACUCGAGGAGAGUGCGUCCUCAGCACCAACUUGCCGUUCAGGAAUGAGGAGGAAGAGGAGGCCAGAGGUAACCUCGCAAUCUUCGUCAUCGCCUGCGUCCUGUUGGUGCUCGGACUGGUGGCUGUCGUCUUCAUCAUCAGGCACUCCCGCUCCAAGAGAGCGCCCCCGGACAUCACUCCCCGCGGCUACGAGAAGCUGGGCUCCGGUGGGGGAUACGGAGGUAGCAGCAGACAUGGCGGCUACAGCUCUGCCUCCUCUGCAUCUUACAGCGGCCGCGCCAGCUCCUCUGGAGGUCGCUUCCAAGAGGCGCAGUUGGUUGACAUCGCUGACCGCCGCUCUGGGGGGAAGGACGAUGAUGAUGACGAUGAUGAGGAUGAGGACAUUGUUUACAUGGGCCAAGACGGCACCGUGUACAGGAAGUUCCGGUACGGACAGCUGGGAGAGGACAAUGAGGACGAGUUGGAGUACGAUGACGAGAGCUACACGUUCCGGUGAAGUAAAAGAAUUUCUUUAAGGAAACAUUUCUCUUCCAGAUUCCUCCUCUCUCUGUUUCUCUGCCUCGCUCUCUCCUCUGUGCUUCUUUUUCUCCUCCUGCCCUCAGGGACAGACCCAUUUAUCCUUCACUGAAUAUGAGCUGAACCAAAUGAGACAUGAGAAGCUAUUUAUAAUGAGCCGCAUUUUACAACUGCUAUCCAUUCACAAAAUAUGCUGCAGAAAAAUCCCAUGUUGUUUGGCAUAAUGAAGGACUUUUUACAUAUUAACACUUGGUUUUCCGGGCUGUGUUUAGAGUAUGACGACUUCCUGCAUAUAUAACAUAACUUAUCAUGGGCUUUUAACAGUUUUGACAGUUUCAGUAACCCUUUAAUGUCCUCCUCAAGAAAACAGCAAUGGAAUUUUUUUUCCCUUGCAUUUUUAAAUUUUAUUGCGGCAUUAUAAAUAAUGAACAUACCCCAUAAAUUUUUAAAAUAUAGGCCUCUACCAAGCGGCUGA